AUGAUUACUUCUUGGGACAAAUCCAGUGGUGUGGAUAGCCAAAUGUUAGUGUGGCGUGAAUCUCGAGCGUGCUUUAAACGCGCUCGGGUGUUGCCUCGUCCGCUUGCGUGUGCUGGUUCCUAUUUAAUAGGUGUAUUUUCGCCUCGUCAAGCUGCCCAGUUUCUCUUCCCGAAGCUCACCGUACCUCUGCAGAAAUAUCUCCGGUUCACCCGUCUUCAACACCUCCACCCACCAGAUGCAAUCCUUUCUCGCCUCGCUCUCUGUUUGGCUCAUUCUGCUUCUCCAGAAGCCUUUCUCUCGGUCUAUCGAUGUGAAGAGCCCUCCACUACAAUCUACGCGAGCUUCAUUGCACCCAGAAGAGCCCCCGGUGUUCAAAAUGCCCCUUCAGUUGGGUGCUGUGGUCUCAAAUCUACGAAUAGUGUCCAAUUAGCUCAGUCUUGGCGUCUGCAUAUUCUGGACGCCGAAGACUCUUCUCAUUCUCUUGGAGGAAGCCAAACAUCUCCAAAUAUGCUUCUCCUCAAACCUGGAACUCGGUUUCGUCUCUCUAGAGCUGGAGUUACUCUGUUUUGCCACAUCCAAUUUGAACCUCUACUUAGCUUAAAACGAGUGAAACGGGUUUUGAAGAUUGGUAGUGGUGGACACAUCGUGACUGUAUGA